GCAAUGCAAUCCGUAAGAAGUGCGCUUUUGAACCUCAGAAAAGCAGAUUUUGGUGGAUCAAUUUCUUCCUCCUUGCCACGUCAUGUCUCUGGGUGUUGCUUCUCUUCUGCCUCUAACUACUCUCAUCAGGGAAAACAUGCAAGUGAAGAAACGGACAAUAGCUAUAACAUCGAUGAGGCAAUAAGUUAUGUUGGUGACGGAUCGUCGGAGUUGCCAAGAAAAGCAAAAGUUAGGAUCGGAGAAGAAACAGCCAAUCGAGAUGAAGGUAUGAAAGACGAGUCCAAAGAGAGGGCUCAUGACAUGAAACAAAGUAGCACUAGCAUAGCUGCCGAUAAGGCUGGUGAGGGUAUUAACAAAGCUGCCGACAUGGUGAAGGCGGCAACGGACAAGACAGUGGACGCUGUGGAUACUGUGGCAGUGAAGGCAAAGGAGACCGUAAAGGGGGCUUGGGAGGCCACUAAAGACGCCAAACAAAGAGUUUCCGGUACAUCCUCAUUCAAUGUUGAUCAUCUUUGGGAAGAUCACACCACAAAACCCGAAGAUGACACCGAAAAACAUAGGCACCACACCGGAAAACCCGAAGAUCACACCGGAAAACCGGAAGAUCAUACGGAAGGGAUGAUGAAAUCGAGGAAAUUGGAGGGUCAUUAGUUUGUGAGGUGGUAUUAGUUUUUGUUAAGGAUUAUUAAUUUAUGUUGGGAUAAAAUAGGUGGGAAAUAUAUA